CCAACUUUGGUUAGUUUUGGUGUGGUCAGUUGCUUGAAGGCGAAGACAAACUAUCGAUAUGAAUCAUUUUCAAAAUCUUAUCCAUGACUGCUUGAUUGAGACAAGACACGUGGAACAUGCAGCCCUGCUGGUGACAAAAUCUGCAUCCAUCUCUGCUGUCACAAGCAGAUUUAACCUUUCUCCACAAAAUGCACAAAUGUUUGCCGACGCUUUCAAACAUUUAAUAUCUGCGAGAGAACACGGGUUCUACUUUUUGGAGAGGUGGUACUCCUGCGUCCGGGCAGACAAGAACUCCAUUUAUUCUAAAUGCGAGGGACAUGGCUUGCUGCUGGUGAAGACUGCGUUGUACAUCAUCGUGGUCACAUACAAUGACGCCAUGCACCCCAGUAUUUGUGUGGAAGCUGUGGAGAAAUUAGCUGAGUACUUGAGGGUGAAAGGGAAAUAAGGAAUGAUGCUGCAGCAGGCCUAUGGCCUGACCCCAGCAUGUUUGUUUGCCUGGACCAAUGAAACCACAUUUGUGUAAUAUCUAUUUGAAAAGUGCAUAACAUUAUUAGAUUGUUGAAUUAGAUCUUAUUUUUCAUUUAAAUUAUUAUUCUAUUUGAUUAUCACUUUUAUUUUCAUUGUUUUUUAUUUGUUAAAUAUCAUCAUAUAAUUGUUAUUAGUAUUAUUAUCCUAUUAUUAUAACUGAUACGGCCAACCCCUCCAAUUUGCAAAUAAAGCACAUUUUGGAUUUGUUAAUUCA